GAGACUGUCGGAAACGGUCGGAAUAAAGGUUGUUUCCUCGUUUUCUCUAAUCCUUUGGUCUCGUUAGUUACGCAGUCGAAUUUCUUUGGUAAGUCGUUUCAGUUACGCGAUUUAAAGUGUUUCAAUACCACAGAAAUCAAUAUUGCGAUAAAAAGAUUGCCACUGCACGUGCGAAUACGUGGAAGAAGUAAAAACCAACUUGUGGAGGUUAUACUAUAACCUACAAAAUCAGGCAGAUAUUUACUCUUUGGCGUUUUUAUCGUAACGAGAAGAUACACUGAUAUUUUGUGCCCAGGGUUUGGACAAGUAACAACUAAUUUGAGGAAGCAUUAUAACCUAUAGGUUUAAGAAUAAAAAAUCAUCUCAAUAUGGUUUGCGAGAAGUGUGAAAAGAAAUUGGGCAAAGUCAUCACUCCAGAUCCCUGGAAGACGGGUGCGAGGAAUACAACGGAGGGCGGAGGUCGUAAGGUCGGCGAGAACAAAGCUCUUUCUGCGGGAAAGGCACGAUUCAAUCCGUAUACCACAAAAUUCGAGAUUUGCAGAAUAUGCAGGCAGAAAGUUCACCAAGUGGGAUCCCAUUAUUGUCAGUCUUGCGCUUACAAGAAAGCUAUAUGCGCUAUGUGUGGUAAAAAACUAAUGAGUACAAAGAAUUAUAAGCAGUCGGCGACGUAAUAAUUCUAAUAAUUAUAUGUAUACAUUUGAAACUGAUAAGUCGUGUGAACAUUUAGUAUAAAUUUACCAAACGUUCACAUAGAGAUUAUGGAUAAAUAAUUUAUUUACAUAUAAAAUAAAAUCUUGAAAUUAUCACAGAAGAUAUAUUGUAUAGAGUAUAGCUGUCAUGUAUUUUUUGUUAAUCAUUAAUCUCUUAUGCGUGUGUAAUGUAUUAUACAUAUAAUUUACCACAAAAAUCAAGCACAUAGCAAGUGAUAUCAAAUGACGCACAAUACAGUUUAUAAUAAGAUUAAUAAGAAAUUCUUUUCUAAUAAGAUUAAAUGUAAAAGGAAAUACUUUUCACAUAAAUGUAUUUAGUUUGACAUAUAAUUGUUUAUGAGGAAUAACUAAAAGAAGAAAAUUAAGGCUAGAGUGCAUAUAAGAAACUGAUGCGUAUAUAUUUCAUAUAAAAUGUUUACAUAUAUGCAUAUCAUGUCUUUUUAUGAUAAUUUCUCUCGUAAGACCUGUACAGAUUAAUAAAAAUGAUUAACACAAACAUA